AUGACAAAGAAUGGUCAUAUUCUGAUAAACGGUAGGGUGAGUGGUGACAGGCCCACCAACUGGACGUUCUUGGGUCAUACGGGGACCACUGUGAUUGAUCUGGUUUUUGUCAAGGCGUCUCACAUUCAUUUAGUUUCUGAUCUGCAGAAACUCAAGUGCAACAAGGCCUCUGGACCUGAUCUUAUCACGAAUGAAUUCUAUAAGGCUCUACCCUUCGCUGGUAAACUAAUAAUGCUGAAUUUAUUCAACACUGUAAUAAGAAAAGGGGUUCUUCAGGGCGAAACUCUGAGUGCCCUCCUAUUUAUCCUCUACAUCUCAGAUUUUGAAAAGUUUCUCGGAGACAGAAAUUUGUAUGGAUUAAAUAUCGAUGGAAUUACUGAUAUCCUGAUGUUACAUUAUGCAGAUGACACGGUCAUUCUUGUUGACUCCCACAUUAAGUUGGAAAGAGUUCUCAAGAUUCUUGCUGAAUAUUGCGAUCUAAAUGGCCUCUCUGUGAAUGUUUCUAAGACGAAAAUCAUGGUGUUUAAAAAGUCUGGGAGAACAAGGAAACUAGACUCUAGACUCAGACUGUAUAAAGAUUCUGAACUUGAGGAGGCUAAGAUCUACAUGUAUCUGGGAAUUCCCGUGAAUCGUAACGCUCUUGGCAAUGAAGCUGCCCGUCACGCCAUUUCAAAAGCUAAAAUUGCUACUAGUGUUUCGUUGAAAGGUCUUUAUAGCCUUGGUGUUAGCUCUUGGUCAACUUACGUGACGCUUUAUAAUGCGUUGGUUUCUUCUACGCUCUUUUAUGCAAUUCCUGCCUGGGGUCUCCUUCAUAGUGGAGAUCUGGAGAAGGCUCAG